CGGCGGCCCCGGGAGCGAGUGUCCUCCGGCCGGCCCGAGAUGGUCCGGGGCGUCGCGGGCUGGGGCUGCUUCUGGCUGUGGUGCUCCACGUGCGUGCUGACCCACGGUUUGCGCAUCCAUGAAUAUCUGUACUUCCAAGUGCUGAGCCCAGGGGACAUUCGCUACAUCUUCACUGUCACUCCUGCCAAGGAUUUUGGGGGUGUCUUCCACACGAGGUACGAGCAGAUCCAGCUUGUCCCAGCUGACCCCCCGGAGGCCUGCGGACCACUCAACAACGGGUUUUUCAUCCAGGACCAGAUUGCCUUGGUGGAGCGGGGGGGCUGCUCCUUCCUCUCCAAGACGAGGGUGGUACAGGAACACGGGGGUCGAGCAGUGAUCAUCUCUGACAAUGCAGCGGACAACGACAGCUUCUACGUGGAGAUGAUUCAGGACAGCAGCCGCCGCACAGCAGACAUCCCGGCCCUCUUCCUGCUCGGCAGAGAUGGCUACAUGAUCAGACGCUCUCUUGAACAGCACGGUCUGCCUUGGGCCAUCAUCUCCAUCCCUGUCAACGUCACCAGCAUCCCCACCUUUGAACUGCUGCAGCCGCCUUGGACUUUUUGGUAGAAGAGAUGCCAGGUCCCCCAGCCUUGAGACUCUGGCCUGGGGGGAAGGAGGCACCAAAACCCUGAGCUUUUGCCGUUUGAGGCUGUCCAACAAUGGGGGAGGGAGCCAUGUCUGACAGCUCCCAUCUUUUGCCUUGGUGAAACAAAUGUAUGACCGACUUCCUUCCCUCCCUCCAUGCCCUGUCCAAGGUCCCACACCUCUGGGGACAGUACCCUGAGAUGCCUAGAGCUAGGCUGGUCACAGGCUGGGGCAAAGGGACCAGGGAGAUGGGGGUGAGAAUGGUGCUGUUCUCUGUGGGAGGGGCAAAGGGGAAACCCCCUUCCCUUGCCCCCUGGGCAGCCACUGCUGUUAGCACAAUAAAGUCUUCCUAGAUUUUUA